UUUCUCAGUUCAAACAUGGCAAGCCUGAAAAUCACCAAAAAGCAUCACAAACGCCUCAACAACCCUUUCCCACGUCCACCCAAAACUUUUCCUCUCAUCCAUGGAAGUCUGUUCUUCAAUCAUCGAGCACUCCCUGCAGAACAGAUCUUCCGGGUUGGCAAGGAUUUCUGGCUUAGUUGGAGCUCAAUUCAUGGCGGUUAUCUGUCUAUAUCUCACCACUCUCAACCCACCAGGUCCAUCUGGUCUACCGUCCCUGGACAAGCCUUUGUUUCUGCAGCAAUUGCAGACACAGAGGCGGAGGAAAGUAGAGGUUCGUUUGUUAUAAAAGAUACAAAUGCUCAUUUGAUCUGUAACCAUCAAUAUAUUGAUGAGAUAAGGGUGGUAAACCAAUCUGAAUUCGCUGACGAUAAUUACCAUGAUUCUCCAUUUGGGUUUUGGUCAAUGGACAAGAAACCAGAUUUCAAGGACACCCAUUUCCCUGCUUUGCUCAUAACUGGUUGGGUUUUCUGUCAAAAGAAGAAAAAGAAGCAGCAAGAGCAGUUUCAGUUAGAGAAACUCAUAAUUCAUGGAGCUGUAGAUUUGGAGAUGGAGGGGCAUUCCAUUUCCGCUGCAAGGUAUUGGGUUUUGUUUGAUCAGAAAAACAGUGAUCAAAUUGGGUUCGAAGUGAAAUUUGGAAAACCCAAUUUCCAAUUGCACCCAAGAGCCUCGACAAAAGUUCCAAGAGGCUUGAAGGGUUUCAGGUGGAGGUUGGGCCGUCUUAGAAAACGUCUCGAGUGGUUUUGGUCCCUUUCAAGACCAAGAGGUUUCAUUGCAGUAAUUCGUUCAGAGGAUGAAACAGAAGACGAGAAGGCUCGAGAAUUCCCAGAGUUCAACAGAGUUUUUAUGACUUAUGCAAGUGACAGAGAUGAGAAGUUCUAUGGUUUCGGGGAGCAGUUCUCUUACAUGGAGUUUAAAGGUAGAAGAGUACCCAUUUUUGUUCAAGAGCAGGGGAUUGGAAGAGGAGAUCAACCCGUUACUCUUGCAGCUAAUCUGGUUAGCUACAGAGCUGGAGGUGACUGGAGUACGACUUAUGCACCUUCCCCAUUCUAUAUUACGUCAAAGAUGAAGUCCCUUUACUUAGAAGGAUAUAGCUACUCCGUUUUUGAUCUAACUAGACUGGAUAGAGUCCAGAUAAAGACACAUGGUGAUUCCUUGCAAGGUAGACUACUCAAUGGGAAUUCACCCACUGACCUGAUCGAAAAGUUCACAGAGACUAUAGGGAGACCUCCUGAACUUCCAAACUGGAUCAUCUCGGGAGCUGUGGUUGGAAUGCAAGGUGGGACAGAGGCAGUUUGCCAUGUUUGGGACAAACUAAAGGAUUAUGAUGUCCCCAUUUCGGCAUUCUGGUUGCAGGAUUGGGUGGGGCAGAGGAAGACAGUAAUUGGAUCUCAGCUCUGGUGGAACUGGGAAGUUGAUACAGAUCAAUACAGGGGAUGGCAACAACUAGUGAAAGAUCUAGGUUCAGAGGAUAUUAAAGUGAUGACUUACUGCAAUCCUUGUCUAGCUCCUGUUUAUACUAAAUUAAACAGAAGGAGAAACUUAUUUGAGGAGGCAAAGAAGUUGGACAUCUUAGUUAAAUACAAGAAUGGAGAAACAUACAUGAUUCCAAAUACAGCUUUUGAUGUGGGGAUGUUGGAUCUUACACACCCUGAUGCCUCGUGUUGGUUUAAGCAAAUCUUACAGGAGAUGGUGGAUGAUGGGGUUAGGGGAUGGAUGGCAGAUUUUGGUGAAGGCCUUCCACUAGAUGCAUCCCUCUAUUCAGGUGAGGAUCCUGUAUCUGCCCAUAACAGAUAUCCUGAGUUAUGGGCCAGAAUAAACCGGGAGUUUGUAGAAGAAUGGAAAUCUACUCACUUUUCAGAGGAUAAAGACACAGAAGAGACUUUGGUAUUCUUCAUGAGGGCUGGUUUUAGGGAGAGUCCUAAAUGGAGUAUGCUCUUUUGGGAAGGUGACCAGAUGGUAAGCUGGCAGGCUAAUGAUGGAAUCAAGAGUGCUGUUGUAGGCUUGCUUAGUAGUGGACUCUCUGGAUAUGCCCUUAAUCAUAGUGAUAUUGGAGGCUACUGUGCAGUACCUAUUAUUAAGUAUCAGAGGAGUGAAGAGUUGCUUUUGCGGUGGAUGGAGCUAAAUGCCUUCACUACAGUUUUCAGAACCCAUGAAGGAAACAGACCAUCUUCCAAUAGGCAAUUCUACUCAAAUACUCACACCUUGUCACAUUUUGCACGCUUUGCCAAAGUGUACAAGGCUUGGAAAUUCUACAGGAUUCAACUUGUCAAGGAAGCUGCUCAGAAAGGACUGCCUGUUUGCCGUCAUCUGUUCCUCCACUUUGCAAAGGAUGAACGUGUUCAUAGUUUGACUUAUCAGCAAUUCUUGGUUGGUACUGAGAUCCUAGUGGUGCCUGUUCUCGACAAAGGCAAGAAGGUGGUUAAGGUCUAUUUCCCAUUAGGAGAAAGUUGCUCCUGGCAACACAUUUGGACAGGAAAACAAUUUGACAGACAAGGAUCUGAAAUCUCUGUAGAGGCUCCAGUUGGCUACCCAGCCAUAUUUGUGAAGUCAGGUUCUCCUAUAGGAAAAACCUUUCUGAAAAAUUUGAGUGACCUUGGUGUUCUUUAACAGCAGUUCAAUGAAACCCCUGAUCUGGAGUAUUUGGGAGUCACAAAUCCUUUUGAUCAUCUGGGAACCUGCAUUCAUUCUUCCAUCCAAAUUCAACUUGCAAUCUCUACAGGUGCGAAUACCAUCAACAAAGUGAUAAAACCAAUACUACUUAUUUCUUUCUGCAACUUUGGAUGUAGAUUUGGUUUCCCUAUGAAGGCAUAUAUGUACUCUCAAGUGCUCGAUGAUCUUUAAAAUGGGUGGUAGAUGUUCACCAAUCAACCGAAAACUACAGCCGGAUUCUCAUUGUGUUCACAGUGGCAAUGCUAGUAGUCUUCCUCCACAACUUGCAGCACAAAGUUGGUUUAGAGAUGUACCUUGUUGCUUUGACCUCAGAAGAUAUUCCCACUAGACAGACUUGAAAUGCAUCCAUGGCUGUAAAAUCUUCAGCAACACAAUGUUGGUUGCUUCCUUGGUUUUGGUGAUGGGAAGAUGUAAAUUUUAACAAUGUAAUAGUGUAAAACUUGUAACAGGAAUUCAUAUUAAGAGUGUAACAUUGUCUCCGAUUGUACACAUUUUGUAAAGAAUUGAAGAAUUCUGUCUUUGGAAACUA